GGAGACCCCAGUUCAUAUAAUGGUAUAUAUGAACUGCGGUGACAGCCGACCUUUGAGCAAUAUCAUCUCGUGGUUCUCCUCCCAUCGUCUCAAUAUGGCAAUGAGCAGUGGUUUAGCAUUAUUCUCUAUCUUGAGCCUUGGCUUCGCGAUUCCUUUUUAUGAUUUCCUCCCAGUCGGCACUACUUACAAUCCAUCCCUUGAUGUUCGCGCAACGGACGGUGCAGCUGCGGACCCGUCCGAUUUGUCGUACGUGAAAUCGUGGGCAGCGCUGGGCGACUCUUAUGCUGCUGGAAUCGGAUCGGGCAAGCCACUUGGCGAUAUUUUCCAUCGGGACCCAUGGUUUUGCUCUCGUUGGGACCAAUCGUAUCCUUAUUUGAUGCACCAAAGCGAAGAGCUCAAUGGCAAAGACUUCAAAUACCAUGCCUGUUCAGGAUGGACCUCGACACAAAUCAGAGAGAAACAAGUACCAAAGCUGAAUGACAAGUCACAGCAGAUCAUCACACUAUCAUCUGGUGGUAACGACGUCUAUCUCAGCGAUCUUCUCAAUGCUUGCGUGUACCAAAUCACCCCAGGUGCGGCGUUGUCGGAUAACUGCAAAUCCACCAUGGACAAAACCUCAGAGGCCAUCGACAAGGAGCUCUUUAAGUGGCUUGAUGAUUUGUACACCGCGCUCAAGGCUAAGCUCACGGAUGAUGGGAAGAUCUACGUCACUGGCUACGCCCAGUUUUGGAAUAGUAAUACGGAUCAGUGUGAUGACGUUACUUGGAAGAUGUGGGACUUCCCCGGGGUGCAUCUCGUCAAGCUCACCAAAGCGAAUCGCAAACGCAUGAAUGAGCUUGCUGUUAGGGUGAACAACAAGAUCAAAGAAGUCAUUGAGAAGAACCAUUCUGAUAAAAUCAUUUUUGUCGACAUUGAUCCAUAUGUCAUCAUCCUUGGAGGCCGGUUUUGUGAAGCCGGUAUCAAAGAACCAGACAUCGAUCGGCCAGGUCUGCUCUUCUACAACCGCGGUACAGUCGAUGUUGAAAACAGCGCCGAAGAUCCCUGGAGCAGAACAGAGCUCAAAAGAGGCCCAGAUGAGAUGCCCAAGCAGUCAUUCGAGGGCUCCAUCGCCAUAAAGUUUGAGGAAGCUUUGCGACAACAUCCUGAUUGGAAACUAGUAGCCGAUUUCUCCAAAGCCUCGGUGGCCGUGCCGCGCAAUAACACUGCUGAUGAACUGAAGACUGCAGAUAUCGCAGACACCAUAUCGUCACUCUUGCCGGACACUUUCAAACGCAUAUUUCAUCCUCGCCCCUUUUUGCAUAACCUCAUGGCUCAACUCAUCCUCUGGCACAUUAAGAACGAAAGAGCCGAGCUCCUGGGCUUUGGUCGCAUGCGACAAAGAGCCAGCCCUAUAAAACCUGAGAAUGCAAGUUGCAAUCAGAAGUCGCCUCAUGACCGCCCUCGGGAUCUCGUGUGUAAAGAGACAGACUGGCGAGUGCCCAAGGAGAAAACAGACGAUGGCUCGACCAGCGUGAUGGAUGCGAUUAAGCAAUUCUGCAAGAAUCGAAACGGCGAAACGGCGGAGAAGGGCACUGAUCAUGAGCACAUCUACGAUCGCUGGGACAUUUCUGGCUGGGGAGUUACUAAGAGACAAUCGUUGUGGCUGCGUGCGUCAUCUGGCCCAUUCUCGCAAUGUCCAAAGGGCCAGCUCGUGGAAAAAGAUUGUGUAGCCGUUCUGACUGGCGGCCUUAACGACUGCGACAAGGGCUCUAACUACACGUUUGGGUACAGAGCCCAGGGAGAGAACUGCAUGGAAUAUGCCAUUGAAACAAGUCCAAGUGUGCACGAAGGCGAUCCACCAUGGGCAGAACAUGUCAAGAAGUACCCCCCGCCAGAAACACUCAUGGCCGACAUGUACAUUGCUUCGAAGCAGCACCAAGUCGACUGCUACAAAGCCCGUGGACUUACAUGGAAUUGGAACGACGCGAAUGCAGCAAUUGACGAAUACUGCAACAACAACUUGAAGAAUGGAGGGCAUAGCAAACCGUUUUUGGUCAAGAAGGGGACUCUGACACUCAGUGCUAGUGUGGACUUCGAUUUGGCCGGAGGAAGUCCAUAUAAGGAUAAGGCUUGGUGCACAGGCUUCGACUUUAACCACAAGAACUCGGACGAUUGCAGAUACGCGUUUCGAAAGAUCCUAGGAACUCGCAUGGAAGACCACUACGAGUGUUCAACGCACUAUCGUUGUGUGCAAUACAGUGUUCGCACUUGGCAAGAUUCAGAUCGAAAGGCUAUUCUACGGUUGCUUGAGGGAAUCGAAGAUAAUCCGCACUUUAGUAUUAGCGGGAAGGCCGACGUGCGCGUAGCUGGUUGGAAUGCAACAAGCGGUUGGAAUUCAACGACCCCUUCGGCAUGGCAAGUUGGAGAUCCAAGGCUUAUGGAACUCCCUACUUCUCAGCUGUCGAAUUCAUCGGUGUUUGUAACCACUUUGUAGAUAGCGGGGGAGGUUUUAUAGUACGAUACACGUAUUCGGAGUUAGUUUGUACCUUGUAGAUCUAGUGAUUGUUAAUGAAGAAUACCUCUGACUAGUGGAU